CGAGAGGAUGGAUAGCGCGGCGAACACGAUUGUGAGUGUUGGGCAGCUAGUAGGCGAGGAGUUUUGGCUGCUCCGCAAGGUCGGCGGCGAUGUGGCCGAGUUGAGGAACGAGCUGGCGACCAUGAGCUCCCUCCUUCGCACAUAUUCCGAAGCCGAGGCCGGCACCGUGGACCACUUCGUCCGGGAGUGGAUGAAGCAGCUGCGCGAGCUCGCCUAUGAUGCUGAGGACUGCGUCGACCUCUACAUCUUCCGCAUCAAGUCCCGCAAAGGAGACGGCCUUCUCGCCUGGUCAAAACAUAUGGUCGCGACGAUUUUCCCUCGCCAUCUCAUCGCCGGUAAAAUCAAGGACCUCCGCCUCCGCGCCAUCUCUAUCAGCGAGCGCCAUGCUCGUUACGGCGCCAUCGACCGCGAGAAACUGAGCCCCUCGGUUUCUUUAGCCCCUGUUGCGGCGGUGACCAGGCAAGCACUCCGCCCUGCCAACUACACUGAUAAGUUAGUUGGCAUCGCGGGACAGGCCAACACUCUGGCGGAGAAGGUGAAGGCGAUGAAUAAUGACCAAGAAGACAAGCUCAAGGUGUUCUCCGUUGACGGGUUUGGAGGGCUAGGCAAAACAACGCUGGCCAUGGAGGUGUGCCGGCGGUUGGAGCCGGACUUCGAUCGUCAAGCGCUAGUGUCUGUGUCGCAGGCAUUCGAUGCCGGGAAGGACCUCAGCGCAUUACUGAAGCGCGUGCUUCAACAGAUGGUGAAGCCAAAAGCAGAUAAUGAGAAAGUCAUCAAGGAAGAAGACUCCUUGGGCGGUGAUCAUGACGUAUUAAGCGUGGAUCAGCUGGCCAGGAAGCUCGAUGAGCUUCUCGCCGACAAAAGGUAUGGCCGGCUACACUGUGUAUACAUUAUUACUCCCUUCAAUCCAAAUUAA